AUGGAAUUUAAGGUAAUACUGCUGUUAAUACUCCAAUCCGUUGGUACAGUUACACCACUCUUGUUCGAUAGAGAACUUGAAAUUAUCAAUUCAAAGUGGUCAGACGUCCCUAUAGCUGUGAGACACGUCGAAUUUAUUGGUACUGUUGAUAACGGAACGCUGGAUUGUUUUAUUCCUGGAUUUAAAAAGUAUCGUUGGGAGUUCAUCAACAAAGCGAGUGCCGGACCAUUCGCUGAAUCCGCCAGUCUCAUCCAGGACGAAGAAAUUAAGGAACAUCAAUCCGAGAUACGAAUCGGUAAAGGAGGCAUUCCCAUGGCAACUGAAAUGUUAGUGGUCUCUUGCGAGGCAAUGCUUGAAAACCGGCCGCGAUUUCAGAUCAUUUGGGUGAUAACUCGAUUGCACUCACCUCUUGGAUAUCCAACCGACCCUAGGGUAUGUUAUUUCCACCUGACUAAAUAUAAAAAGUUAACAUGCAUCGAUUACAAGUGGUGGUUCAACACGGAUUGUUAUUACAAUAAAGGAAAAGAAUACAGAGGAACAGCCUACAUCACGAAAAGUAAUCCACCCCUUGAUUGUCAGUACUGGUACCUGAAUCGUCCAAACUAUGGCAGCAGCCGAAACAAAGUGGACUUUGACAAGGAACACAGAUACUGCAGGAAUCCGACUAACGAACAUAGUCUCUGGUGCAUCACAACCUCAACUAAAAAAAGCUUAAUAAAACAGUACUGUGCGGUUCAAGAAUGCUCGGAUUGCCUUUAUGGAUAUGGAAACGGUACAUUUGAUAUAUAUAACUUUGAAAGUUACGACACAGCAUGGCUCAUACCAACGUUCCCAAAAUAUGAGGGCCGAUUGAUUGAGACUCUUAAGGAUGACGAGAAUGGGUUGCCACGAUUGUGUAUGUCUGGUAAAGGAUGGGAGUUUAAUCUUUGCAGGCCGAGGAAAGGAAUGGCAGGACCCCACUGCUUGAUAGCCAAAGAAAAAUCUCAAGAGUCUCUCAUAACAAGGCGGGAUGACAGCAGGUUGGAGUGGGCAGAAUGCAGAAUCCCACAGUGUACAGUGAGACAAGUUUGGUUUCUAUUUUUCAAUUCCUUUGGACAACCUUACCUAAAAGAAUCUAAUGUAGAAGAUGUGGAAAUAAUCAUUGUCAAAGGAAAAAGGAGUGAAAUAAUAAAAUUUGCGGCAUUUGGAAUACAUCGAGCCUCAGGGCUCAGCAUAGGCACUGAUGAGUUACGAUUGGGCAAAUACGCUCGAUCUUUUAUUCUGACACCUCGAGUUCCUCCUAAGCGUCUAAGCACAAUAGAAAUAAGAGACGUGACAGAAAAAUGCAGUGGCAAGUACUUUCUUAAGUACACGUUUGUGGAGGGGAAUCCGAAAAUUCAACAAACCAUUUACAAGGGCAAUUUCAGACUGAUCGUGCGCGAUCCAAUGAUGUUGUCAAUCACACCUGGUAAACGCGAGCUUUGUCCAGGGGAGAGAGGCAGCUUGGACGUUCAAGUGUCUGGAGGUUUUAAAUUAUUGGAAGGCAGCAUCAAGUGGAAAUACGGAUUUUCUCAAAACAAUAUUAAUCAACAAAUAUCAAUCGAAAAUCAACUAUUUGAACUCUCCUCUGAUUUCAAAGAAAUAACCUUAAAUAAAGUCCAGAAAGACACUUGGGUCAGGGUUUACGGGUCUUCUUUCGCAGGUGAAGCCAGUAGCACGGCGCUAUUCAAGGUCAAAGCACUACCACAUCUCGUCGCCAAAUCACCGACCCAAGUUUUCGUAUUCCAAGGUGAUGAUGUUUAUCUCACUGCAGACUCAGAGAGAGGCGUCAUGACCACAUGGACUUUUGAAGCACAAGUUAUACCUGACGUUCCCGACGAUCCUGACAUGGCCUUCCUAAGAACGCUUCAAAACAGCACAGUGUCCGAAACCUUGGUGAUUAGUUCGGUAGGCUGGAGACACUUUGGAAUUUAUGCUGUUGAAACCGAAAAAAAUGGCUGUAAGAACACUGUGACAUUUCACUUACAACAAGAUGAAGAAAGGGAAAUCGGUGGAGAGACAGAUAUACCCGAGGAAGAAAUUGAUAACAUCGAAAGUUCAGUGGAAAAUGAAAGAUUCUGUACGGUAAGACAUCUAAGUUUCAGCGAAUACCAACAAAGUGAUCAUUCCACAAGUUGGAUGUUUGACAUACCAUGUGGAAAGCAAGAAGGAAACGAUGAAGAAAUUAACGAACAUUACGAGCAUCCUAUCAAAGAACUAUCCCCAUGUAGCGUGAUCACAAGUUAUAGUUUUGUAAGCGACGCAGACAGACCUCACAAACUUCACAUACGGGUAAACGAGUCUAGUUCGUUAGAGGAAUACGUCGGUGAUGUCAACUUUAUGAAGACAAGUUACUUUCAAAGUAGUUCCGGAGAUGAUUUGCUCCAUUACUAUUUCUUUCCUGAACCAGUCGCCGCUCGUUUCAUACAGUUUACCGCUGAUCCAGCCGAGGAUUCAAUGUGCCUACAUAAAUUAGCAGUCAGCGGCUGCUCUUUACUCCAGUCUGAAUGCAAUCCUGGAAGUUUCACAGUUGAUAGCAUUUUGUGCAAUGACAUGCACAGCUCAAUGCUGAAAGAGGAGCACGUCAAGAAGCUGCCAGCUUGUAGUUUGAUCACCAGCUACCAGUUUCAGUCUAAUGGAAGGAUGCGUCACAAACUGCUGGCAAGCCACUCAAGUUCCAUGGUUCUAACAGAAUAUGACGGACAUACUGAAGCUAAGGUGGAUCAGGCCGGGAAUGAAUGGUUUUACAACAUUACUUUAAAUGAGCCAAUCACUGCUCGAUAUGUCCAAAUUGUGCCCGACCGAGCUGACAAGUCCCGCUCGAUAAAAAAUCUGCAGAUCAACGGCUGCAGAUUAGAUAAAAAGUGGUGCAAUAUUGAAUGGGAGCAGUUCAGACAGUCUAAAAUGAAGUGUAAUGAAGGAGAGAUUACUCCUGUCUACAGCGAACAUCCACUGUUUGUUUUUCCAUCGUGUAACCUGAUCUCCAGUUAUCAAUUCGUUGCAACAACACAACAACAUGCUUUGUUACUGAGCGACAACAACCCCGCACUGCUGUCAAGCUUUCGUGAAGGCUUUGAUAUUGAGUCAUAUCACUGGAAGGACGAAGAAUCGAUUUUUGUGUGCAAAUUGAAAUCUCCUGUGGCGGCUCGUUUUCUCCAGUUCCUCUGUGGAAGAACAAGAAAUUUGAAUGCUAGUUGUGUGAACACGUUAACCAUCACCGGAUGUCCAGUAGAGGAUUCUUGGUGUAAAACACAAUCAUUUAAGACGGUCAUUGAGGAAUAUCACGUGGAAAGUGAUUACUUCGACACUGGCGCGGGGCGAUCUCUUUUGAAGACAGCAGCACUGUCUGUGUUAACUCCGCUGUGGAUGUUCUUAGUUGGAAAAUACAACCUAGAUGGCAGGUUUAUCAAAUUUAUUUCCAAGUUCUUACGAAGAUGUAUAAGAUCCACGAAGGGAGUUGAUAAAGGAGACUGCAUUCUGGAAGAAAAAUUAGAUGAGGACUUCGCGGAGGAUGACGUAGGGGAAGGAAAGCUCGAUGGGGAAGGCGAAGAAGACAGUAUACAGAAGGGAGAGACUGAUAACGAUUGCGAAGGAGAGACAGAAUAA